AUGGACUCGACGAGUCCAACACCUGAUCAGAAAAAUAAACCUCCUGUUAAUCCAUAUCAACCUCCACUGCCAUAUCCAGCCCGAGCUAGACAAGAAAAGAAUGAAGAAGACUACCAGAAGUUUCUAGAACACAUAAAGGCUCUUCAAAUAAAUAUACCAUUCAUAGAAGCAGUUGCUCAAAUGCCAAAAUACAUCAAAUUUCUCAAGGAGCUUCUAACUAAUAGAAGGAAGAUGGAAGAAGUGAAGAAGGUGGUCUUAAACGAGAACUGUUCAGCUGCUAUGAUGAACAAACUUCCUAAGAAGAAAGGAGAUCCGGGAAGUUUAACAUUGCCCUGUCAAUUCGGAAACUUGGCCACCAUUUAUACACUAGCUGAUUCAGGGGCAAGUGUAAAUCUCAUGCCUUAUUCGUUUUUCAAAAAGUUAGAUCUCCCCAAGCCAAGACCCAUUUGUAUGUCAAUCAACCUAGCAAACAAAAAGGUUACAUUUCCUAGGGGAAUUUGUGAAGAUCUUUUGGUGAAGGUGGACAAGUUCGUGUUCCCCGUGGACUUUAUAGUUCUAGAUAUGGAAGCGGAUCCCCAAGUCCCGGUCAUAUUAGGAAGACCUUUUCUCAAUACAGCAAGCGCUAUCGUCGACAUGAGAGAUUCUAAACUUACCCUUCGGGUAGGGGACAAAUCAGUCACUUUUGGAGUUGAUAAAUCCUUGAAGCAUGCAAGAAGUAGUGAUGACACGGCGUUUUCGAUUGAUAGGUUGGAAGAAUUGUUGGAAGAUUGGAAAGAAGAAAAGCCAAGCAAGUCCACCGUUUCAUUUGAAGAAGAGUUUGUUGCUGAAAGGGACCUGAUGGAGUUAGAAAGACUACUCGAGGAAGCUGACAUACAGAACACAAAAACUGAGCUCAAGGCACUACCAGAUCACUUAGAAUACGCAUUUCUUGAAGAUGGCCAACAACAACCUGUAAUUAUAGCUGCUGAUUUGGCCAAACAUGAGAAGGAGAGCCUUGUGGGUGUACUAAAGAAGAGGCAAGGUGCUAUAGCAUGGAAGACAACUGACAUAAAGGGAAUUAGUCCAGCCUAUUGUUCCCACAAAAUCAACUUAUAUGACCGAUCAAAAGCUGUAGUACAACGCUAA